AUGGAUAGAUACCAAAGGGUGGAGAAGCCUCGGAAUGAGACACCGAUUCGCGAGAAUGAGAUCAGAAUCACUGCGCUCGGGAGGAUGAGGAACUAUAUCGGCUAUGGAAUGUCGUUGCUUGAGGAAAAUGGGCAUGAUGAGAUCACUAUCAAAGCCAUGGGACGAGCCAUAAAUAAGACGGUCAUGGUUGCUGAAUUGAUCAAGAGAAGGGUUGCUGGUCUCCAUCAGAAUACGUCUAUUGAAUCUGUUGGCAUCACCUACACAUGGGAGCCUCUGGAAGAAGGCCUUGUCCCGCUAGAGACAACUCGUCAUGUAUCAAUGAUUACCCUAACAUUGUCCAAGGAACCAUUGGAUACGUCAUCUCCAGGGUACCAGCCACCCAUACCAGCUGAAGAGGUGAAACCUGCUUUUGAUUAUGAACAUGAAGGAUCCUUUCCCUCUGCUCGUGGGAGAGGUCGUGGUGGACCUGGUGGCGGCCGAAGGGGCAGGGGCAGAGCUAUUAGCAAUGGACCCCCUCCUUAUGACUGGGGUGAAGAAUGGGAGGAGGAUGGAGACUAUUACUACAAUGGUAGAGGCAGAGGGAGAGGCCGGCUAAGAGGAAGGGGAAGAGCCCGUGGCUACCACGGAGGUGGUCGACGUGGUGGCUAUGGCUAUGAUUACGGUUAUGGUGGCAGGGGUGGCUACUAUGAAGAGCGGGGUGGAUACUUUGAUGGCGAAGCAGAUGAGUAUCAACCCCCUCCAGGCCGUGGGCGUGGCAGGGGAAGAAGAAUGGAGCAGAGUGAGUACUACAAUGGCGAACCAGAUGAGUAUCGCCCUCCUCCAGGCCGUGGUAAGCUCGGUCUCACAUACCAUCUUCCUGUGGCUUUUGCAUGCCCUUUCCUCUCAUGGCUCCUAUUCUCCAUGGCUUCGCAGGGCGUGGCAGGGGAAGAUGGAUGGAGCAGAAUGAAUACUUCGACGAACCUUAUGAAUACCCUCCUCCAGGCCGUGGUCGUGGCAUGGGAAGAAGGGGAGGGCCAUGGCGCGCCCGAGGCCGCGGGCGUGGCCCGAUGCUAG